UUUGUUUAAAAGGAAAAAAAAUUAUUUAAAUAUAUUUAAAAGAGCUAAUUAUGAUUGAUUCCGAGGAGGAUAUGGUACCAGCAACUCCGGAAAUAAAAAGUAGAAAGAUAAAAGUAAAAGUAUUAAGCCCAAAAAACGAAAACGAACAUAUUGAUAAUAAAAAAAGAACAAUAUCUCCAUCAUGUAGUAAUCAUAACUUAGAAAAGAAAUUUAAGAAAGCUCAAAUUGAAAAUGCGGAUCCUCUUACGAUUCAUAAAUGUUUAGAGAAAUCACCAAUUUUAACAAAACGCUGGCCAGCUAAAUCAUCACCUAGAAAAUCACCUAAAAAGAUUUCCCCUAAGAAAGCACGUUCACCUAAGAAGAAAUUAUUUGAGACAACUCACGAUGUAAAUAUGUUUAAAGUUGAGGUGAUCGAUAAUUUUGUUAAAGUAACACCAAGUAAAUCAAGUUGUGCACCAUCCUUGUCGCCUAAAAAAAGAAGUUCAGAGAAGAAACAAAGUUCCAUUUUACAAUAUACCUCUCCAUCUUUAUCAUCUCGGUUUCAAACGGAAAUGAAAACACCUCCACAGGAAAAAACACCAAGUAAAAAUAUAACACCAUCAAUGUCACGAGUUAAAGUUAAAUUACAUUUCGAAAAAUUAAAUUGUGAUGAUUUAAUUGAAAAGAAUUUAAAGAUUGAAGUAAAAAAUGAAUAUAUGGAAUUGAUGGGGGAUGAUUUUUCUGAUUUUUUCGAGAACGAUGUGGAUUUAAAACUGCCUGAAGAAAUAUACUCAUUAGAUUUAAGCCAACCUCAACAUUGUAAAGUAUUAAGUUUUAAUAAAAUAGAUAAGAAUAAAAUGGAGAUUAUCGUUAAAUCGACUAAAAGCGAUGAAAAAGCUAAAUGUGUUUUAGAAGGAUUUUGGAUCCACACAAACUUCGAUGUUAAAGCGGAAAUUUAUUUACAAGGAAUUAAAUUAAAUAACGAGCCAUUUUGGAGGGUUACAAACAAGGAGGGUUUAUUAGUUUAUGAACCUAAUCUUUUAAUUUCAAGCACCUCCGUCGUUGGGGCAUUAUUUUGUAAGAGAAGAGCCGUUUUUAGGACAUAUUUCGCCGGAUUUGAACCCGAAAAUAAAGUCAUGAUAAUUGGAGUUUUAGUCCAUAGUUUAUUACAAAACGUUUUAAAAUCAAAAGCGAAUACUCUACGUCAAAUUGAGACUAUUUUAAAAGCUUUAUUAACCACGAAAGAUUCAGUUAAAAUGCUUUAUCGAACAUCUUUAACUUUAGAAGAAAUCAAAGAAGAAAUCUCAACUUUUAUACCGAGAAUAUUAAAAUUUAUACAAGUUUAUUUUUUCGAUAAAACCGAUACAAACAUAAAUAAUUGGAAAGGUCAUAUUGAUUCCAUUAAAGAUAUUGAGGAAAAUAUUUGGUGCCCCGAAUUAGGUAUGAAAGGUAAAAUCGACGUCACAUUAAAAAUCGAUGACGAGAAAAUGAUGCCGCUUGAGAUAAAAACAGGAAGAACCACCGUUUCUUUAGAACACCGAGGGCAAGUUAUGAUUUAUAUAAUGAUGAUGCUCAAACUCGGUUAUAACGUCUCAUCAGGGUUAUUACUUUACUUAAAAGAAGGCGAUUUAAAAGAAAUUAAAAUCAACGAGAGCGAAAAGCGCGAUAUUAUUCUACUUAGAAAUGAUUUGGCGUAUUUCCUAAAACAAAGAGUACAAUUAAAAAGAAACGAUAAAGACGAGAAAACAUUAGAAUCUAUGAAAUUACCCGAACCAAUUCAUCAUCACAGCGCUUGCGGAAAAUGUCCUUAUAACAUUAUUUGUUGCGCUUAUUUAAGUAAGGAAAAUUAUGAUUUAUCUUCGAAUGUGAGCUUAAAGGAGGUUAGCAAAAGCGUUUUGAGUCAUCUAAGUGAAUCUCAUAUUAACUAUUUCAUACAUUGGACUAAUUUAUUGGAUUUGGAGAGUUCGCAACAUGUUCAUAAAGAUAUUAGUAGUAUUUAUACUAUUUUACCAGAAGAAAGAGAAAAGCAAGGGAAAUGUUUAUCAAAUCUAAAUCUAAUUGGAUGUAUCGCCGAUGCAGAUGGAUUUUAUAAACACACAUUUAAGAAAAUCACCGAAACAACGACAUUAUUAAUCUCAGGUUUAAACGAAAGCAGCUAUGUGGUUAUAAGUACUAAUGAAAGACCGGCCGUUGCAUCAGGAUUAGUCACAUAUAUCGAUCACACAACAAUAAUAGUCGAAUUAGAAAGAAACCUUCAAGAUCGGUACAAAAACUCACCAUUCCACAUUGAUUCUUACGACUCAACGAGCGCAAAUUCGUUUAAUUUAUCGAAUUUAGCGCUUUUACUUGAAGAUACGGAAACGUCGCAACGUCUUCGCGAUUUAAUUAUCGAUAAGAAGCCUCCAAAUUAUUUAAAGAAAUUACCAAGAAUUGUUGCGACGAAAGCGCCGCCGAUUUUACAACGAUUAAAUGCGGUGCAACAACAGGCUGUUUUAAAGGUGCUUACCGCUGAAGAUUACGUUCUUAUUAAAGGGUUACCCGGGACGGGAAAAACCGCUACGAUUGUUGCUUUAGUUGAGUUAUUAACGGAAAUAGGAAAAUCUGUGUUAAUUACGAGUUAUACACAUAAUGCUGUGGAUAACGUUUGUUUACGAUUAAAAAGAAGAGGGGUUAAAGUGUUAAGAUUAGGUUCCCAAGGAAGGAUCCAUUCUGAUUUAAUUGAUAUGUCCGAAUUUGAGUUAACUAAGAAUUGUCAAAGUGUUGAGGAGCUUGAAAAAGUUUAUAACGAGGCGAAAGUUUUAGCCGUUACAUGUUUGGGAUCAAAACAUCCCGUUUUGAGUAAACGUACCCUCGAUGUUUGUUUGAUCGAUGAAAGUACUCAAGCGUUACAAUGCUCGUUGUUUAGGGCUUUAUCGGUUUGUAAGAAAUACGUGUUUAUUGGAGACCCCAAUCAAUUACCUCCGUUAGUUAAAAGUGAAGAUGCUCGAUUAAAAGGAAUGUCGGAGACGGUGUUUGAUCGCCUACAAAGUGAUGUUGGAAUGGUUACUUUGAAUAUUAAUUAUCGGAUGAAUGCGACAAUAACGGAUAUAGCUAAUAAGUUUAUGUACGAUGGGGAAUUAAAGAUUGGAAAAGAUUCGAUUUCAAAUGCAACGCUUAAUUUUGAUACAUCGAUACAUAAUAUAACCAAGAAAAAAUGGAUCUUAGAAACACUCAGCACGAAAUUAAAAGAUUCCGUUAAGAUAUUAGACACGGGAAAAACCCACUUGUUAAAUUACAAUUUCAAUUUCUCCGAAAAACUUUCUUCUAACGAUGAAUUAAAGUGCUCAAAUCUUUAUGAAACUGCGAUUAUUUAUAAAUUAAUUAAAAUUUUAUUAAAACUUGGAAUUCCGUAUUCAAAUGUAGGGGUUAUAGCACCUUAUCGCGCGCAAGUAGCUCAAUUAUCAAGCGUUUUGGUUGAAACUAAAAUAGAUGUGAGCACUGUCGAUCAAUUUCAAGGGCAAGAUAAAAGCGUGAUUAUUUAUUCUUGUACCAAAUCAACGCCUGAUUUAAAAAUAACAAAAUUUGAUAUAUUGGAAGAUAAGAGACGGUUGAACGUUGCUUUAACGAGAGCUAAACAUAAAUUAAUUAUAAUUGGUGAUGUUGAAACCGUUGGGAAGUAUUCAACUUUUGGGAAAUUGUUUAAAUUUGUUGAUUCUGAUAAUUUUAUUAGAUUGGAAAAUGGAAAUUUGGAUUUUGAUUGGGGAGAAGUUGCCGAUUUAAAAUUGGAAUGAGUUUAUCACAUUUUUUUAAUUAUUUUUAUAUUUAUUUGUAACUUAAGUUAUAAUAAAAGUAUAAAUAAA